ACGACCCAGCUUUGGUAAACUAUCUUGUGCUAAUAUUGUAUCUUUGAAAUACUAAAUUUACCUAUGCGCGUGGAUACAAGACUUAUCUUGUAAUGAUAUUUCAUCUUUGAAUGCAUCCAGUACGCCAUACCUGUGCGAGUGAAGACGCGAAAAAUCUUCAUUUUACUUUCCAUUUCGCGUAAGAUUUUGCAAACCCAACUUGAUGACACCACAGGAUUUUGGAGCUAUUGUUGUCGCUGCUAAAUAGUUUAGCGAUGGAAAACUCUCCUGAGGACUACAGAAUCCAAUCGUUUGACCUAGAAACGCAAAUGUUGCUCAAAACAGCCUUGAAAGAUCCAGGGUCAGUGAAUCUGGAGAAGGUGUCCAACAUCAUCGUGGAUCAGUCGCUGAAGGACCAAGUGUUCAGCAAGGAGGCAGGACGUAUCUGCUACACAAUUGCACAGGCGGAGGCCAAGCAGAACAACGGCAGCGUGUUCAGGAGGAACUUACUGAACAGGCUCCAGCAGGAGUUCAGGGAACGCGAGGGGAUCCGAGCUCGUUCCCUGCAGGAGUGGAUCUGCUUCGUCACCUUCAUCUGCAACAUCUACGACUACCUCAAAGUGAACAACAUGCCCAUGGUGCCACUGGUCAACCCCGUUUACGACUGUCUGACGAGGCUGGCGCAACCCGACGCUUUGAUGAAUGAGGAAGAGGUGGACUGUCUUGUUCUGCAGCUCCAUCGCAUCGGGGAGCAGCUGGAAAAGGCCAACAGCCAGCGCAUGGAUGAACUUUUCUACCUGCUGCGCGACGGCUUCCUGCUCCAGGAGGGCCUCGCCUCCAUGGCCCGCUUGCUGUUGCUGGAGAUCCUGGAAUUUAGGGCGGGGGGCUGGGUGCUCAGUGGCACGGCGCACAGAUACUACUACAGCGAAAUUGCAGACUGAAGGUGGCACAGAGGGACAUUGGGGAUGGAGUGCAGCAGCAAUUUUCAUGAUGGAUAUCAAGACUGUGCAAUAGAGCCUCGGAGUUCAGUUCCUGCGGUUCAGUCACAUUAGUUAUUCUUGUAUUUAUUCAUUGUAGUUUUAUAUAUUUUCAAAGCAUUCCUUUCCAUGAGAAAACAUUUCAAGGUUAAAGUUGUGGUAUUCCUGAUAAGAUAUACUGGUUUGACACUUUUUCUGAUGUGAGAAUAUCGGGUGAAGUUUUGAGAAAUAUUUUCUUUCUAAAGAUUUGCAUUGCAGUUCCGCAUGCAAGGUUUACAAGGUGUGUGAACGUUGUGGUUUUAUUUUGGCAGACUGGUUUGUGAAUGCUAUUUUGUAUUUGUUCCAAUACAUUUUAGAUUGAAAUAAAAAUACAGCCUGA